AAUGUGGCUGCAUCCUGAAACUAUGAUUAAACUUGGUAACGAAUUCUUUCAAAAGAAGGAAUUUGAUUAAGCUAUCAAUUGGUAUCAACAGUCUAUAAAUAAAAAUACACAAUUUGUAGAAGGAUACUACAAUUUAGGAUUGGUUUAUAUGUACCGUAAGAAGUUUGAAGAUGCUAUCAAUUACUUUAAACAAUCCUUAGAUUUAAGACCAAGUUUUCCUGAAGCUUUAUGUAGUAUGGGAAUUGCAUUGUACAAUCUUAAUUAAGUAUUUAUUUCAAUGCUAUAUUUACUAGUAUGAUAAAGCUCUAAACUAUUUAGAUUAGGCUCUAAAGCAUCGAUAGUCUUAUCCAAAUCCACUUAAAUAUAAAGGAGAUACUAUAAGAAAGAUGGGUAAUUUACAAGAGGCAGUCAAUUAGUAUAAAUAAGCAAUAUAACUAAAGGUAACUGUUUUGCUUAAUCUACCAACUAGCCUGACUUUUACCAAGCUCAUAAAGCUCUUGGUGAUACCUAUCGGAAAUUGAAAGAAUAUAAAUUGUCAAUCUAAUCCUAUGAUAAUGCAUUAGAAUAUAAUUAAAAAUAUGCAGAAGUUUUCAAAAAGAAAGCUGAUUCUUUAAGGAAUAUGGGUAUUUUUGAGGAAUCAUUGCAGAAUUAUACAAAAGCUAUAGAAAUUAGGCCAAGUUAUCCUAAAGCUUACAAUGAUGCAGGAUUGCUAUUCAUUUAGAAUGGCAAGUACAAAGAUGGUGUAGAAUACUUUUAGAAGGCUGUGUAAUAGAAAUAAGAUUAUAAAGACGCUUAUAAUAAUUUAGGUGUGUGUUAUUAUCAUCUUUUGUAAUAUUAAGAUGCUAUUGCAUAAUUUGAUACAGCACUUUAAAUAUAAGUUGGUUUUCCAAUUCCAAUGCUGAAUAAGGCAUCAACAUUAUUAAGAAUGAAAAAGUAUGAUGAAGCUAAUAAAUGCUUUGAUUAAGUAAUGAAACAUCAACCAAAGAAUGUAUAAGUUUUAUUGGGUAAAGGAAUAUCGUUAUAUGAAACUAAGAAAUAUGAAUAGGCUGCAUUAUUAUUGAGCUAAGCAUAUGAUAUAGAUGCAAAUAAUUUUGAAGUAGUUUUUAAUUAUGGAGUAUGCAACUUUUAAUUGAAAAAAUAUAAAGAAGCCUUGUAAUUAUUAUAGGAGGCAUAACAAUUAAGGGAGACUUUGGAAGGUCAUUUUAAUUAGGCAAUAUGUUCAUUAUAUUUAAAAGAUUAUGAAUAUUCAAAAAAAGAAAUUGAGAUGUAUAUAUAACAUUAAGAAGAUGAUAUGGAGGCUAAAGCAGUAUAGGGUAUUGUAGAGUAUUAUCUUAAUAAUUUUGCUUUUGCUUAAGAGUGUUUUUAGGAGGUAUUAUAGAGACAAGAAAAUCAAGUUGUUCAUAACAAUUUAGGUGUUAUCUUAUUGCUUAAUCAAUAAUUUGAUGAAGCCUUGAAACACUUUAAUGCAUCAGUAUCAGGCAAAGGAGAUUAUGCUGAUGGAUUAUAUAAUAAAGGAGUUGCUUUGUGUAAUCUUAAUUAAUAUGAGGAUGCUAUUCGAUAAUUUAAUAAAGCAAUAUAAUUGAAACCUAAAAAUGAGUGUAAAUUUGCAUUCAUCAAUCGAGGUAUUUGCUUAAAAAAUCUAAAAAAAUUUAAUGAAGCUAUUUAAAAUUAUGAUGAGGCUAUUCAACUUAGUUAAGGUACAGAUGUAGAAGAUAUCUACUAUUUUAAAGGAAAUUGUUUAUUAGAAUUGAAUAAGUAUGAAGAUGCUAUACAAUUGUAUGAUCAAGCGAUAUAAUUGGAAAGUGUUUAUAGUUCAUCAGCCAAUUUCUAAAAAGGUAUUGCAUACACUAAUCUUAAACACUUUGAUGAUGCUAUUCAAUCAUAUUAACAUGCUAUUGAAUAGAACUCUUAGAAUUCAUGGGCAUAUUUCAAUUUAGGUAUCACUUAUUAUAAUCUUGAAAAUUAUGAAUAAGCUUUAAUUCAAUUCACAAGAUCAUUUGAUUUGUAACCAACUUUUAAAGAUGCUGUAUUUAAUGAGGCAGCUGCUUAUAUUAAAUUGAAAAGAUAUGCUGAAGCCAUUAAUAGUUUAGAUAAAUAUAAUAAAUUAGAAAGUAAUGACUAUGAGAGUUUCUUCUUAAAAGGUUGUUUAUUAAAAUCUCUAAUGAAAUACGAAGAAGCUCUUGAAUGCUUUUCAAAAGCUGUUUAAUAAAAACCUAAUUUUUUUGAAGGAUAAUUCAAUAAAGGAGUUGCAUAACUUGAGAGCGGAUUAUCAAAAGAUGCUGUAAUUACAUUUGAUGCUGCUUUCAAGUUAAAAUCAGAUUCAGAAAAAUCCCUCAAUAAUAAAGCUGUUUCCUUACUUAAUUUAAGCAAACCUGAAGAAGCUAUCAAAGAAUUAGAAAAGGCAAUCAAAUUAAGUCCUAAUAAUCCUACUUUAUUAAACAAUAAAGCAGUCACUUUAAUCGAUCUAAAAAGAUAAGAUGAAGCUAUAAUAAUCCUUGAUGAAGUUAUUAAUAUUGAUGCGACUUUCUUUAAAGCAUACAAUAAUAAAGGAACCAUCUACUUUAAUCAAAAGAAUUUCGUUCAAGCUUAAUAAUAUUUUUCUAAAGCCAUAGAGAUCAAUCCUCAAUAUGAUUCGGCAAGAAUUAAUUUAAGUAUUACAUUUUAAGAAAUGGGAGAACAUUAGUAGGCAGUCCAAUAAUGUGAAUUAAUAUCAAAUCAAUAAUGGUUAAACAGUAAUUCUGAAGCAUUGAUAGCUUUUGCUACUGCUUUAAGAAAUUGUGAUAGAUUUGAAGAAGCCAGAUAAAGAUAUGAGAUGUCUUUAUAAUUAAAUCCUAGACAUUCUUAAGCCUAAAAUGGUUUAGGAAUUGUAUAUUCAAAUAUUGGUCAAUAUGAAGAUGCUUUAAAAUGCUAUGAUUAAGCUAUUAAUCUGAAUAAUAGAUAUCCCGAAGCCUUAAAUAACAAAGGUGUUGCACUUUAUCUUAUGGGUAGAUAUGAUGAAUCUGUUUAAAUGUUAUAGUAAUCUCUAAAAUUAGAAGUCAAAAAUGCUUAAACACUUAAUAAUUUAGGAGCUUCUUUGUUUUAUUUAAAAAGAUAUGAUGAAGCUAAUAAAAUAUUUGAUUAAGCUAUUCAAUAAAAUGAUCAAUUAAUGGAAGCGCUUGUCAAUAAAGCUAAUGUACUUAUUGCUUAAGAAAAUUUGGCUGAAGCGAAUAAACUUUUAUAGAAAGCAAGUCAAAUUAAAAAUUCACCAUAUAUUCACAAUGCUUAUGGAAUAAUAGCUUAGAAAUAAAAAUAAAAUGAUAAAGCAAUAUAAUCUUAUUAAAUGGCACUUCAAUUACUACCAACCUUUCCUCAAUGUUUAUCUAAUCAAGCUACACUUUUGAUUGAAACUGAGAAAUAUUCAUAAGCUCUGGAUUUACUUAAAUAAGCUUUAAAGGCUGAUUAAAAUAAUGCAGAAGCUCAUAAUAAUCUAGGUGUAUUAUAUUAUAAACAGAAUAAACUUGAAUUAUCUUAAAAUGAAUAUAUGGAAGCUAUUAAAUUAAAAGUUCAUAAUCCUGAAGCUCAUUCUAAUUAAGGAGUCAUUUUCUGUGCAAAAUAGGAUUUUUCUCAAGCUUUAUAAUGUUUUGAUGAAGCCAUCAAAUUAAAAAGUGAUUUUGUUAAAGCUUAUCAUAAUAAGGGAACUACCCUAAAUGAAAAAGAAAACUUUAAGGAGGCCGUUGAAAUUUAUGACAAAGCUAUUAAGGCUAAAACUCAAGAUCCAGAGACCUAUUAUAACAAGAGUAUUGCUUUAUAAGGAUUGGAAUAAUUUGAUGAUGCUCUUAAUGCCUUAGAAUAAGCUUAUAAAUUAGCUCCAGAAAUGGCUCUAUUAUAUGUUGAAAAAGUAUUAUUUUUCACAUUAAUUUUAGGGAACUCUCAUGUAUAGAAAAGGAAAGGUUGAUGAAGCUAUUAAAAAUUAUGAUCUUGCUAUUCAAUUAUAACCUAAUUGUGCUGAAGCUUACUACAAUAAAGGAUGUGCAUUAGAAAAUUAAGGGAAAAUUGAUGAAUCUAAUAAAAAUUAUGAAAAAGCUUUUCAAAUAAAACCAACUUUAGUAGAAAAGAAAAAAUGA